AGUGAGGUAGUAGAAUAGUUAAUUUGCUGAUGGCGGAUUUUGGGCGCAGCAUCAGCCGCGUUCUGCUUCUCCGCUGCUGCAGAUCUACCUACUCGAAAUUUGUGACAACGUGCGGAAAGGGAACGACGACGGUCCACAUCGACUCUCCGUGAAAAGCCUCGCUGUGCACACAGACAGUUAUUCACACCUCGCCCCUUCGCUUCACUUGGAACCCAGCACAACCUUCUCCAUUGCCAACAUAAGCAGAGGGACCAAUUUCAUAUUUGGACCUGUAGCUGGUGCUGCUGCAGUAACAGCUCUCCAUUUGGCCCAGAUUGAGACUCGUGCCCGAAUUGCUCUCCAGCAGCUUGCCUCUCUUGCAACUCUAACUGUUGACAGCUGGCACAACAAUAAUAACAAUAACGGUUUUGGGGUGGCAAUACCUCAUCAACUGGCCCUCUUGAGUCUUCUCAAUAGACGAGAGGUGUCAGCUCCUGGGUUUCACUUGGAUAUAAACAACAAAACCCACAAAUCUAAAAGACUGAGUUUUCCUGCUGCCAUGUACCACCACCACUCCCACCACUCAAAUGGGCCCAGGCCUCACCAUCAGCCACAUCCAAAUCAGAAUCAGAAUCAGAAUCCUUCUGAUAUGAUGACACAGAUGGGCUUUCAAUUUCCUCGUCCCACACAGCUCCCGGAUGAGCUAGAGUCUGCCCUGGCUAUCCGGGGCGCCAGAGACAUGGACCAUCGCCUCAUCGACCACAUGAACCCAUCAAGCCAACACCACAGUCAAGGUUCAGGUCCUGGGAUCAGUCAACAUGGAACCUACGGCUCUGCACCACUCACCUCUGAAAAUCAGUCUGGCCACCAUCAAGGAGUAGACUGGUCAAACUACCAAGCUCCAUCAAAACUCUUUGCUACUCCCCCACCUGGUUCAAGUCAACAGCCAUCACGACACCAGGGACCUCAGCAGCAGCCUGGGGGCAGUCACUCUGGAUCAAGCAUAUCAAGCUGGAGUGCCAAUGUGAGUGACUCACCAUCGCCCCAAGGCCAACACCGUCAAGGUGUUAGAAGUGGUGGUGGUGGUGGAGAUGGUCACGUUUUGUACACUCCAGAGAGUGCAGGAAGCAUUUUGGCUAGUUUUGGACUUUCUAACGAGGACUUGGAAGUGCUGAGUCACUACCCUGACGAUCAGCUAACCCCAGAUACUUUACCUUUAAUAUUGCGUGACAUCCAAAUCAACAAGUCAGGCAAGCCAAAACCUGUGGCUUCUUCUUCCUCAUCACAGUUCUCACGCAGUAUCCAUGAUAUGCCUCUGCCUCCUCGCUCUUCGCCAGUGGCCCAUUCACGCUCCCCAGAUGUGCCAAGCCUUCUUACUGUUACACAGACGGCAGGUAAAGUCAUUGACUAUGGUCAUGCCAGUCGGGCAAAGGAUGAAAGUAGUACCAGAGAAACGUUCAAACGAGAGCAGCUCUCCAAUGAAAGAACAGUUAAAAUGUACCCAAAAGUGGAUAAAACUGAACGGCGACAAGUUCACUUGGAGCAAACUGAAUCUAGCAAACACGGAGACCGGGACUAUCGCAGGGCAAGCACUGAACAACACAAGAUCAGUCGAUCACCCGUGAGAGAAUUGCCACCAUCGUCCAAAUCUCGCAAUCUAGACAGAGAUUACAGGCACAACGGCCCCAAACCAAGGCCCUCAUCUGAAACUAGAAGUGACGAUUCCUCAAGACGAUCUGUCUCUUCUUCAUCUGGCACAAAACCACAUGGCAACGGCAGCAAGAAGUUACCGACUCCCACCAUGAUAGGUGAUUUCUCUGCUGUGUCUCCAAAGGUGUAUCCCCACACCUGCUCCCUGUGCCACAUUCAGUGUGAUCAGGAAAAGGACUGGCUUGAUCAUAUUAACACCGUUAAGCACACUGCUGCCUGCAGAGACCUGCGCAACAAGUACCCUUCCUGGAAACCCAAUACCCCAAGGCACAGUGAACAAUAUGGCGGCCAGGUUCACCGGGAUCCCAAACAUCCGUCUCCAUCCCACUCUGUAUCCCGAUCCCUCUCCGGCUCUCCGGGCCCAAGUCCUCCCCAUGGAAAACGCAGAGUGGGCCCCCAGGCCCCGGGGCCACAUGGAAAACCGUUCUCACCCCAUCGUCAGCCUCGCUACCACCAGUAUUCAGACCAUCAGUUGGAGCACCAAAACCCCCGUCGACCCUCCUCCUUCUCCAGAGAGCAUCGGGCUGAGAGGAGGGACAGGGAGUCAUCAGGCUUUUCCUUCCGGAGUGGAUUGAAGCGUCCACAUGGACAUUCUGCAAAGUUCUUCUCUGACACAUCUGAACGUCCAUUGUCCUUUAAAGCGGAUGACCACUCCAAACCAUUAAAGUCCUACUCCAAAAGAGGACCAAUGGGUUGGUUCAAGGUCAACAAAAGUGCAAACACAAGAGCUUCUGAUGCACCCGCUAAACCUUCACCUGCCAAAAAGAAGAAGAAAGCUGCGACUCCAACCUCUCAGGACUCCAUCGGAGAUCGUCUGGUUUAUCUCACGGGCAUCCCAAAAGAUGCCACGGAGCAGGAAGUUACCGACUUGGUCAGCUCCUUUGGCACAAUCAACAACGUGAUCCUCAUGCCCUGCUCCGAAGAAGAGAGCGAGAAGCCUGAAGGACAAAAGGCGUCUGUGUGCAUGGUGAAGGCAGAAGAUGCCCAGGCACUGGCUAACUCCACAAAUCUCUCUAUCAGGGAACAGCAAAUCACUGCGUCCACAGCCAAGAAACCUGAAGGAGGGCAGUCUUCUGAUGCCAGCAAACCUGCUACAGGACAGAAGAUGGCUGCUGCUGGAGUUGAGGCUGACCAGAAGAGUUCAGUUGAGAAAGGACUGGUGUUGAUCACUGGACUACCUGAGAGCGGCUGGUCGGAGAGCGACAUCGUUCUGCUGAUGGAGCCCUUUGGAACUCCCUUUGACAUCAUUGUGACUUCACAGAUUGGAAAGGCGCUGGUGUCGGUGUCUGACGUGGAUGUUGCUGAAGCAAUGGUCAAAGGCAACACGUCCACCCCUGCAAAGGUCAAAGACUCUGAGCUGGAGAUGAUCCAUGUGAAACAGCACAUUGGCCUCAACACACCGGUGGCGCUCUACAAUCUGCUGAUGGGAUCAUCAGACACUGCAGAAAGUUCUGAUAAAGUCAGCUGGAGCAGCCUGUUGGUGAUCAGGAAUGUCCCAAACUCGCCCUCAUGCUCCUCUGAGGUCCAGAAACUGGUGCGACGCUUUGGCACCGUCAUCAAGACCCUCGUGCUCAACAACAUGGUCAUCUGUGAGAUGGCUACUGGCACCAUGGCCCUUUCUGUUUACAAGCGCUUCCACAUGUUCCCGUGCAUCAUCCAGAACAACCCUCUGUUCUUCUCACGCAAACCUGACCCCAAGACUAUCACUCAGACCAAAGUCGUCAGUGCUCACCUGGAUACACCACAGGCUACACCUGCAAACGGUAAAGGCAGCCACACAGCAACAGCCGCCGAUGAAGAGCAGACGCAAACACUUGAAGAGAAGCCCGAGUGUCCUGCAGAGGUACUGGAAAAAGACCCUGUCGAGACAGUGGAGAGCCAGGAGGAGAAAAUAGCCGGCGGAGAAGAAACUGUAGAAGGAAAUGGUUGCGCAGAUGAAAUCCAAAAAGACGAGGUCGCCACUGCCGCGUCUGACUCUUCAGCUGAGCCCGACACCAAACCAGAGGAAGUUAUGGAUACAAACCAGAGUGAGAUGUCUGCUGUUGAAGCUGCUGUGGACAACGAAGAAGAAAAAGUAGAUGUCAGUGUUCCUGAAGCAGGAAAAGACAACAAAGAAGUUUGUGCUCCUGAAACGGGAGAAGAAAACCCUCCCGCUGGUGAAGAGACAGAUUUACCGAGCUCAGAUGGCAUUGCAGCUCCACAAGAUUCAGCCGUGCCAGAGAUGCCGAAGGUCACUCAAGCAAUGGUCAACGCAUUGCUCGUGGAGUGUCGGACAAGACUCCCCCAACAAGCCGACGACACAACAGCUCCCACGUGUGGAGUAAAGGAUGAAACACAACCUAAGGAAGAGCAGAGUGAUGAAAAAGCAGCUCCCACAGAGACAAAGACCUGCACAGAGGAGGAAGAGAAGAAGAAGCAGGAGAGGGAGCGGAAAGAGAAGGACUUGAGAAGGGCCAAACAGAGGAAGGAGAGGGAGAGGAGACCCUGGGACAGGGAGGACAGGAGCAGGCGGGAGAGAGAGUCGGACGACCGAGGCAGGAGAGACAGGGAGAGGCGGGAAAGAGAGAGGCGGGGCAGAAAGAGAGGACAUGAAGACGUGUCAAGGUCAUCUUCCAGGUCAGAGGGAUUCAGGCAGAGCUCGCACAGGGAGGAACGUUACAGUAACUCGGAGGAGGAGAGCAGGAUGGUGGACGAAGAAGCUGAGUUCCCGUUCAACCUGAGUGACUUUGUGACAGUGGAUGAAGUUGGAGACGUCGCCGACCUCCCUGGUUCUCCAUCUGAGGUUGUUCCCAUGGAAACGACAGAGGGAGAGGAAGCUGCUGCCACGUCUGUCCAACAGGAAACUGCACAGGACACGCCCAUGGAGGUAAGCACAGAAACGUCAGUGACGGUUGCCAUGGUGACUCCAGUGGAGGAGUCUGAGUCUGCAGCCGAGUGUUCAGACAGUUCAGCACCGUCGCAGUUGCCGCCUGAGGAUGUCAUCGCCACCGAUGACGUUUUUGCAGCUGCAGUGUCGUCCGACUCGGCGGCCGCCCGCGACAAUUCUCCUCCCACUCAAACAGAAGCACCUGACUCUGAAACAACGUUAACCACAGAGAGCCAACAGCCUCCCGUUCCUGCCUCUGCAGCUUCAGCGAACCCACUGGACUCUUCUGAUCCUUCAUGGACCGGCCCAGCAGCCGUGACUGCUCACGGGGAUGAAGAGGAGGAGGAGGAGGAGAAGAAGGAGGAAGAGGAGAGUGCUGUCAGUGUCAGCCAGACUCUGGAGGACAGGGUGGUCGUUGAGUCAAAAAAAACACAAGAAGAGGAGAAGAUGAACAAGGAGACAGAAGAUGCUUCUGUAGAGGCAGAGUCAGGAAAGCACGAGAAUUCCACGCACACCACACACACACAGGAGAAGAGUGAGAAGAAGACGAUUCAGGCCAUCAUCAGCGACUCCUCCCUCCCUCCAUUUGACCCAAAGAACCCUGUUGGUCUGGAGUUCUUGGUUCCAAAGACAGGUUUCUUCUGUAAACCGUGUAAUCGAUUCUUCAGCGGGUCAAAGGAAGCAGAAAUCAGCCACUGUAAAACCAUCAAACACUACGACAACCUCAAGAAAUACUUGGAGACGAUGAAGACGACGACGACGGUGAAAGUGUCCGUCAAACAGACUGACUCCAGCUGAAUGAAUGAAACACUGACUGAAUCAGUUCAUUGCUUUUCUGUUUCUCUCUCAAAGGUCCAGAGUCUCACCGCGGUGUCGAUUCAGUCCGUUUUUAAAUAUACGGACUUUUGACAUUUUUUUUUUCACCUGUACAUUGAAUAGAAUUGAGUUUCGCUGCUCAGUGAGAGACGUCAGUUCAGUCAAUAAAAUGUCUUCAAUUACCAAAA